AUGGCGCUUGCGCCUGCUUGCACCGACGAUGAUGAUGUUAACUUUGUGGAGGUGGCAUCGCACUUCUUCACGGGCGUCAACGACCCGCGCGUCGGGACCAUGGAUUUUUCGUUAGAUGGACAAUAUUUUAUUUCCUCUCACGCAGAUGAUGCGCUGCGGCUUAUUAAUGUUUUGACCAUGCGGCACAAUGAGACGAUUCAGUUAGAAACAUUUGGUGUACACUGCGCAAGGUUUACCCAGUCUAGCGACGUGGUCUGCGUGGCCCCCCGGUACAGCAGCGAUGGCCACCUGUAUCUGCUGAGUCUCACCUCGGCACAGCUGUUUGCCGCGAUGGCAUUUGUUAACGAUGACGUGUCGGAGCUGCGAGCUGUUAGUAACACGCCGGUGUAUUCAACGAUAUCCCAGUCUCCCCAAAGCGACGUGAUUGCCUCCGUAUUUUCAACUCAAGGGCGUCUGCUGUUGUUUCACCCAUUGAUCUCCGGAGCGAUUGCGGCAUCUGGUGAGCGGACGGUGCUGGGCAACAGGGCUGCCGUGUCAUUUAGCCCCGAUGGAACAAAACUUGUUGUCGGGGACGAUCACCGCAUUCAUGUUUUUGAUUAUAGAAAGAUGUUUUCCGCGCCGCUUGUGUCGUUGGAGAACAAGUCGAUAUUCACCGAGUCGAGUGCGGCGUCUCGGUGCAAAGGAGCUGAGGUGGCCGCUGACGGUUCGCACUUGUUGCUCACGUCUUCCGGAGGGGAGGCGGUUGUGUAUUCCCUGAAGCAGGGAAGGGUGGCGUGCUCGUACUUCCACAACGUCGCCCGUCGUCACUUCAUAGGCGCCGGUGACGCUGUGGGCGCAAAAUUUAUUUUCCCCAACGUCACAGGCUCGCUGGUGGUGCAGUCCUCCACCUGCAUGAAUGCAGGGAGGCACCUGCUGGUGUAUGAUGGUUAUGAUGGACAGUUCUCUAUGCCGUGUCAGCGGGGCGCUCUUAGGUACGAACUGCAGUGCAAAGACAGCGAUGUGCCUGUCGCCUUAAGUGUCAACUCGAAAUACGCGCUUCUGGCGACUGCUGCGAGAGGUGUGACGUGGUGGUCCUUCAACGCCUAG